AAAUGGUUCUUAUAAACUAGUUCAGUGUAUAAACUAAACAUAUGACUGAAUCAGAGCUAUAGUUGGAUACCACUUUCACACUCAACAGGAUUAUGUACAUUAAUACACUGGUUUUUAUUCAUUUCAAGAUUUGAUGUAGAAAAAAACAAUUAGAUGUUCAUAUUUCAGAGACAGACUAAAACGAAUGGAGUAAAAUCAGAAAGUGUCUGUCUCAGUGGUGGAUGCCGGGAAAGAAACACGUUCUCAUGAUGCUAAAUUUUUUUUUUUAAAUGAUCUGUGAUAAUGUUUUUUAGAUAUAAAAUAAAUGACUGGUCACUGAACCAGAUCUGACAAAAAGCACACUGAAAUGUUGUAACUACGAGAAGCGAGCUACGCUGACCUCUUUUUUGGAGUACUGCGUCACAUCCUCAAUCGCUGUUUACACAGAGAGACAGGUGCAACGGCAGUUCCCAGCAGCAGGAAGUACCAGAGGAGGAAGAACAGAGGUUGAAGCUGGGAUGCCGUCCGUGGACACCAGAGGAGGAGACUGGAGAUGACAGUCCUGGCCAGCGGUUGUGAAUUAAGCAUCCUGCAGAGCAGAAGAGUCUCCUGACCGUGGUCGUUGCCAGCGUGUCACCAUGGAGAUGGUGGUUGCUAAGAUCCUGUGCCUGCUGGGCGUGUUUGCGCUCAUGCUAGGGGGCAUUCUGGUGCCUGUGAGAGUGAUGAGAGUGGACAGUGAGAAAGCCCAGAGGUACAGGAAGGCCGUGGCCCUCAGCAACUCGUUUGGCGGGGGAGUGUUCCUGGCCACCUGCUUCAACGCACUGCUGCCUACAGUCAGAGAGAAGGUGGAGGAAGUGCUGAAGACACUGAAGAUCAGUACAGACUACCCGCUGGCCGAGACCAUGAUGAUGCUGGGCUUCUUCCUGACAGUGUUUGUGGAACAGGCCGUUCUGACCUUCCGGAAGGAGCGUCCGUCCUUCAUCGACCUGGAGACGUUCAACGCGGGCGGCUCAGAGGCCGGCAGCGACUCGGAGUACGACACCCCCUUCAUCGCCCCUCCCCGCGGGUCAGCCGCGGGUCACGGGCAUCACCACGGCCACUUCAAUCCGGCCGAGCUGGCGCGGGCCGGUCCGCUGCGCCUCGCCAGCCUGGUGCUAGCGCUGUCGGCCCACUCUGUGUUCGAGGGGCUCGCCCUGGGCCUUCAGGAGGACGGCGCCAAGCUUGGCAGCCUCUUCGUGGGCGUGGCCAUCCAUGAGACCCUGGCGGCCGUGGCCCUGGGGGUCAGCGUGGCCAAAGCCGGGCUGCCCAUGCGGGACGCCACCAAGCUGGCGAUGACGGUGAGCCUCAUGAUCCCGGUGGGCAUCGGGCUGGGCAUGGGCAUCGAGACGGCGCAGAACCUGGCAAGCAGCAUUGUGUCGGUGGUGCUGCAGGGCAUGGCAGCGGGCACCUUCCUCUUCAUCACCUUCUUCGAGAUCCUGUCACGAGAGCUGGAGGACAAACACGACCGGCUGCUCAAGGUGCUCUUCCUCAUCAUGGGCUACGGCAUCCUGGCAGGCCUGGUCUUCGUUAAGUGGUGAUGAGGGAGCAGAUUACUGCUCACAGUCAGGGGUGCCCGCCACACACACAAACACACACAUAAACAUGCACACACACACACACACACACACACAGAAAACCAGCUGUUCACCGCCUCCACCAGCACAACCAAAGGAAACACUUGUUGGUGUUAUCGCAGUGCAGCUGGCUUUUAAAUCAGCCAAGGACAGAGUAAAGAGAGAAAAGAGGCUGGAGAUCUGACCCAGAUGACCCAGCCUGGUUAAUCUGCUAUGAAGUCAGCCUAAUGAUUUCUUAUGAAGGAAGCCACGUCACAUAUUAUCCUCUCUCUCUCUAAUAUAUAUAUAUAUAUAUAUAUAUAUAUUAUAUUAUAUAUAAUAUAUGAUAAUAAUAACACUAAUUCAUAUAUAAUUGUUUACAAAAGUCAAACACCGGAUCCUAGCAGAAGAGGGCAUAUCUAAGAACACCUCUGCAGGUUUUAGGCGUAAAUAUCGUGUGCCUUCACGUGUUGGCCUGUAUAUAAGUAUUUAUGAGGGAUUUGAUGGUGAACUGUUUCAGGGCAUACUCUCCCGUAGAAUGCCAUCUUUUAGCAUUCGGUGUGCUGUUGCUAAUGUGUGUGUGUGUGUGUGUGU